CGAGAGAAAAGGGGAAAGAGAGACAAGGCAGUGAGACAGCAGCAGACGCCGCCUCCAUUUCCAUCCAGGUUAGGUUUCUAGGCUGUCUUUUUAUGAAGAGAUAAAGACCUUCCUGCUAUAGGAGGUGUUUUCACUUGCCACAUUUACACCUUGGAAGACACAUAUGGCAGGGUCGUUUCCUGGUGAAUCCUCUCACAAUGCAACGUCUGAGGGUGGGCCUUCGUGGUAUUUUUCAAGAAAAGAAAUAGAAGAAAAUUCCCCAUCAAGAAAAGAUGGCAUUGACUUGAAGAAAGAAACUUACUUAAGGAAGUCAUACUGUACAUUUUUGCAGGACCUAGGCAUGCGACUGAAAGUACCACAGGUAACAAUAGCUACAGCAAUUAUAUUUUGUCACCGGUUCUUCAUCCGUCAAUCACAUGCAAAGAAUGAUCGAAGGACAAUUGCGACAGUAUGUAUGUUCCUUGCUGGGAAGGUUGAAGAGACUCCUCGCCCACUAAAGGAUGUUAUUUUGGUAUCUUAUGAGAUAAUAAACAAAAAAGAUGCUGCUGCAGCUCAGAGGAUAAAACAGAAGGAGGUGUAUGAGCAACAAAAAGAACUAAUCUUACUUGGGGAGAGGGUUGUACUUGCCACCCUGGGUUUUGACCUGAAUGUUCAUCACCCAUAUAAACCUCUUGUUGAAGCAAUAAAGAAAUUCAAGGUUGCUCAGAAUGCCCUUGCUCAGGUUGCAUGGAAUUUUGUUAAUGAUGGGCUGAGGACGUCGCUUUGCCUGCAAUUUAAGCCCCAUCACAUUGCGGCGGGUGCCAUUUUCCUAGCUGCAAAGUUUCUGAAAGUGAAGCUUCCUUCUGAGGGUGAGAAGGUCUGGUGGCAAGAAUUUGAUGUCACUCCUCGCCAAUUGGAGGAGGUUAGCAAUCAAAUGCUGGAACUUUAUGAGCAAAACCGCAUGCCUGCAUCACAGGCUAGUGAAGUGGAAGGAAGUGCUGGUGGUGGAACAACUCACAGGGCCCCAGCCAAAACUCCAGCAGUGAGUGAGGAACAGUCAUCCAAACAAAUAACGUCACGAACAGCUAAUGACAACUCUUCAGCUGACAAUCAUGGGGUUCCAUCAAGAAAUGUGCAAAAUCUAAGUAAUGAUAAUGGUAGUGGAGAGAUGGGUAGUGUUAUUACUGAUCAGAAGGUGGAUGUAGACCCCAAGGACAAUCAACAUUCUGAGCAUUUGUCCCACAAGGAAACUUUUAGAGAUGUUUCAAAUAAAUCCAAGUCUGGUAUGGAGAGAAGUGGGGAAGACCAGGAAAGAGUCAGUGGGAGAAAUGAAAGCACUGAAGUGGAAGAGUGGAGGGAUGAUGGUGCAUCACGCAAGUCAACCAACCUGGUUGGGCGAAACUUGGACAAUCGAGAAGGCCCAGUUAGCCAGUCUCCCAAGGAAGCUAUUAAAAUUGACAAAGAUAAACUGAAGGCUGCACUUGAGAAAAGGAGGAAGUCUCGUGGGGAAACAAUGAAGAAAAAGGAUGUCAUGGAUGAAGAUGAUCUUAUUGAGAAGGAGCUAGAAGAUGGGAUUGAAAUGGCUGUUGAAGAUGAGAAAAGCAGGAAAGAACGCAGGCAAAGCUGGCCUAAGAAUGAGAAUCAGGAUCAUGUCAAGGACCAUGGGGAAGUGACAGAUGGGAAUCAUUUUGGUAAUAAGGGACAGUCAUCUAGGGCAUUUGAAGCAGAGGGUGCUGAAGAAGGUGAAAUGGUAGAUGAUGCUUCUCCCAUGAUGAACAGCCGAAAGAGAAGAGCUGGAAGUCCACCUGAGAGGCAAUCAGAGGGAAAGAAACGGCAUGACUACAUGUCAAAUUACAACCAUGAGAGCAUCGAGGAUGGACACAAAAUGAGUCGGGGUAGUUAUGCAGACAAGGAGCACAGAAGGCAUGCACACGAUAAUCACUUGUGAGUUCAGAGAUGCUAUACUCCAUGCUAUUAGGCCUGCAUUAUUAUGAUUUUUGAACAAUCAUUACUGACCAUCGUUAUAGAUCUCUGGAGUCUGAUUGCUCAUCAUUAUAGAUCUCUGGAGUCUGAUUGCUCAUGUGUCAGUAAAAUCCUCCGAAACUGAUACAUUGCUUAAUUGUAUUAAACUGGAUAUGAUUUUUGGUUGUAAUAGAAGCUAAAAAUGAGGAAAGUCCAGUCUCCAGAAUGGCAAGGCUGUUGGAGAAAGUAAAGAGGCAGUUUUAUUUAUUUUACCUAGUUAACAAAGGAAAAGGGAAAAAGAAAGAAUUAUUAAACCUAGACUGAUUCAUCCGUUCUCACCUUGAGUUACUCUUUUGUUGUGUUGUUUCUGUAGGUGGAGUUAUAUUCCCACUUUUUUAGGAAACAUAGCUUUGUAAAUUUUGCCUAAUCUUGGUAUUCGACUUGCACUUUGGUAAAUAAUUGUUAGAAAAACUCAGCUUUCCUAUAAUUUGAUAGGGUUUGUU